UAUGUAGCUGUUCACUUGGAAGUUAAUUAAGAGAACAAAAACUAUUUAUUUGGAUCGAAGGCCUGCCCAUGGGUUAACUAUAGGGCUUGUCAACACUGGAAACAAGGAAGGAGGAAGAAUUGCACUGGAUCAGUGCAGGUCCAUCUCCACUGGUAGCUGUGGUGGCUUUGGAUUGUUGGAAGACCAUCACCUUCAGCAGGUCUGCACUUGAGAACAAUCAUUCUUCCCCAGCCCGAGUGUGCCUCUACCCUCUGUAUCAUUGGCAGAGGCUGUAUGUUUGGAAAGAGAACUCUGUGACUGCAGAAUUGACAGUCUGUAACUCUUGCUACCAAGUUUUUCCCUGACCCAGUAAAAGACGUUAAGACAUCGACCUAUGACACAUUGAGAACCAAGGCCAAGACUGGACAGGGACAUAUAACUGGGCUUCAACCAUGACUGGGACUAAGAAUAAGACAAGAGCCCAGACCAAAACUGAAAAAAAGACUGCUAUACAAGCUAAAGCUGGAGCAGAAAGGGAGGCUACUGGUGGCGUUAGGCCUGUAGCGAAGACUAGGUCCAAAGCAAAAGCUAAGGCAAGGUCUAAGACAGAUACAGUGGCAGAGAUGAAGGCAGUGUCUAAGAACAAGGUUCUUGCUGAGAUGAAGGAAGGAGCUCUGUCAGAGUCUAAGACUCAGGGCAAAGCCAUGGGAGAUGUCAGUCCCAAGUCUGGGAAUGAGUCCACCAGCUCCACAUGUAAAAAUGAGGCUGGUAUUGAUGCCUGGUCCUGGGCUGGGGAAGAUGCCACUGUCAACUCAUGGUUUGGGAAUGAAGAAGAGGCUGGUAAUAGUUCCAGUACUAAGAAUGAUAAACCUGAAAUUGGUGCCCAGGUCUGUGCUGAGGAGUUGGAGCCUGCGGCUGGGGCUGGUUGCAAACCUAGGUCAGGGGCUGAGGAGGAGGAGGAAGAGAAUGUUAUUGGGAACUGGUUUUGGGAAGGAGAUGAUACUAGUUUUGACCCUAAUCCUAAACCUGUGAGCAGGAUAAUUAAGCCUCUGCCUGUGUAUGAAAUUAAUGAAAAAGAUAGGCCCAAGGACUGGUCUGAGGUAACUAUCUGGCCCAAAGCCCCUGCUAUAACUCCAGCAGUGUUAGGAUUUAGAUCCCAGGCACAAUCUGAGGCAAGCCCUCCUUCAUAUAUUGUUCUGGCCUCAGCUGAAGAAAAUGCCAGUUCUUUGCCUGUGGCAACAGCUUGCCACUCUUCUAGGAAUACUCGCUCAUGCUCACAGCCUGUCCCUGAGGGUCCUUUUGGUUCUGACCCUUGCAUUCAGACCAUAGAUGAGAUUAGACGCCAAAUCAGGAUCAGGGAGGUAAAUGGGAUUAAGCCAUUUGCUUGUCCUUGCAAAAUGGAAUGCUAUAUGAAUUCUGAGGAAUUUGAAAAACUUGUUAGCAUACUUAAGUCAACUACUGAUCCUCUUAUUCAUAAAAUAGCACGGAUUGCAAUGGGUGUCCAUAAUGUUCACCCAUUUGCCCAAGAGUUUAUUAAUGAAGUGGGUAUAGUGACACUUAUUGAAAGCUUGCUCAGUUUUCCUUCCCCUGAAAUGAGAAAAAAGACUGUAAUUACUCUGAAUCCUCCUUCUGAGGAUGAAAGACAACGCAAACUUGAAUUACAUGUUAAGCAUAUGUGUAAAGAAACCAUGUCAUUUCCUUUGAACUCACCUGGACAGCAAUCUGGAUUAAAGAUACUAGGACAACUGACUACUGAUUUUGUCCAUCACUACAUUGUUGCCAAUCACUUUUCAGAGCUUUUCCAUUUGCUGUCCUUGGGAAAUUGCAAAACCAGAAAUCUUGUUUUGAAACUACUUUUAAAUAUGUCUGAAAAUCCAACUGCAGCCAGAGACAUGAUCAAUAUGAAGGCAUUGGCAGCAUUAAAACUCAUCUUUAACCAGAAAGAGGCAAAAGCCAAUCUUGUUAGUGGUGUGGCCAUAUUUAUUAACAUAAAGGAGCAUAUCAGAAAAGGCUCAAUUGUAGUUGUUGAUCACAUGAGUUAUAAUACACUCAUGGCCAUUUUCAGGGAAGUUAAAGGGAUUAUUGAAACAAUGUAAAAUGAACCACAAAUAGAACAUUUUGAACUAUCUCUAAACUAGCAGGCUGUACAUUACAGUGUACACAUUGUACAUUGCAUCUUUAACACAAAGUUACCAGUGACAGGCUCUAGGUUUGAGCUAGACCACUUGGAGGGUAUCAAAUAAAUAUUAUACUUUGGGCCAAAAAUGUUUGUUGAUUUUUAUCUUGUCUCAAUUGUCAUAUUUUUUUUAACAUUUUACUUAAGAUAGAGAACCAGUUUAUUUAAACUAACUUGUUCAUUAGUAUCUGCUUAGAUCCAUCUGUGGCUUUAAGUGGCAAAAAAGAAAAUAUCCUUGAGUUUGUGAUCUAGUUGCAGAAGUAAGGCAUACACACACAGAAAGAUAACUAACAGUACUGAAAGAGAGAGAGAGAGAGAGUGUGUGUGUGUCUGUGUGUCUAUGUGUGUGCCAUGCACACUCAUGGCCAGAUGUGCACACUCUACAUAAAGGAGGCAGGGGUUGCUACAGGCUAUUUAAUGUAAGAGAAACUACUAUUUUUCUCCUAUUCCAGCUGUAUCAGAUACUUGUUCCACAACACAGAAAUGACCCAGAAUCUCAGACAAAAUGUAUUAUUGUUCCAUUUUUUAAUUUUGCUACUACAUUUAUAACUCUUAAAUUGUUAGGCCGUUUCAUUUAUGUCAAAGUCAUCUCACAAAAGAGAAGGCAGGAAACAUUUUGUGACUGUAAAUUCUAUGUCAGACACUGUGUUGACAUCAUAUUUCACAGGUUUUUUUUUCCUCUUCUCACAGUGCUCUUGUGAGCUAGUUACUUGUAUUUUUAUUAGAACUCAUUAUUCUGGGUACUCUCCAGUGAGAAUUAGAGAGGUUAAAUACUUUUUCCUAGAUUGCCACAGCGGGGAGGUGGCAUAGCUGUUUUAUCUGACACCAGAACCCCUCUCACCACACUACUUUACAGUCCUCCUGAAGGACAGUUUGAGGUGGUGGCCUUCAAAGCUUGGAGACUGAUUUUAAUAGUUUAAUUUUGCAGUGGUUUUACAAUUCUUAACUUCCCUCCAAAUUCAUGUGUCCAUUAGACAUUUGGCCACAUCUGGCUGGAGGUCAGGAGAAAAGUCUAAGAUAAAUAGAUGGAUUUUAUCUGGCAGUGUUGGAAAUAGUAGGUGCCCAAAACUUUAUUCAGUAAGAUGUAGAUCUGGAGUCAUCAGCAAGGGCAACUUGUUAGAUGUACUUCGUAUCUUUUUCUAUCCAUUUGUACUUUUUCUUUCCCAAAGAGCUGAAAUCAUUAUGUACAUCAUUUUAUACCCUGAAUUUAAAAGGUAAUUGCUUUUUUCCUCCUUGCAAAAUCAUACCUUAACUUUUUUUUUGCUAUUUAUGAUUUAUUCUCCUGUGUGUCAUAUGAAAGGCCAAGGAACUAUAUCUUUUGCUAUUAGGCAAGCCUGAGCAUUUCUGCAUUUGUACCGGCUGACACUACAAAAUAAACUUAAUUGGAGAAAUUUAGACCCAGAAUUGCAGCUUCAACAAAAUAAAUCAGGAAAGCUAGAAGAGGCUGCUGUGUCAACCUAUAAGAUAGUGAUUCUUGGAAGCUGGUUUGGACCAGAUAGCAUUCCCAGGAGAUUUAUGCUAUGGCUGAGUUCUCUAAGACUCAUGGUGGGAAUUAUAAUCCCUGGUAUAAGCCGAAAUGAAAGAUUCUAUGUGUGAAAAUAUGGAGUUAUAUGCUUUUGAGAUUUUCUGCCAGUUGAGAAACUAAAACAAGAUCAUACUGUAAAUAUGUUUGUAACUUGCUUCCCACUCAGUUGUAUACUGUAAACAUCUUUAUAUGUCAAUAAAUAUGCUUCUACCACAUAUUUUUGAAUCACUUAAUAUUUUUCAUAUGUUAAAAGUUGGUAUAUAGUAGUGUAAUCCUUUAUUGCAUAUUCUUUUAAUUUACAACAUGCACAUUCUUUUGCAAAAAUAGAAAUACAGUAUUGAGACUUGCCUUUUUCUCUUAACAGUUAUGUUUUCAAUUUAGUAUUUAUAGAUCUGUCACAUGCUUUUUAUUUAAUAGUUUUAUUGAAAUAUAAUUGACAUAUAUUAAGCUUACAGUUUGAUCAAUUUUGAAAUAUAUAUACACACAAAACCAUAACCACAAUAAAAACUGUAAACAUUUGUCACCCACCAAAGUUGCUUUUUUUUUGAAACAGUCUUGCUCUGUCACCCAGGCUGGAGUACAAUGGUGUGAUCUCAACUCACUGCAACCUCUGCAUCCCAGGUUCAAGCAAUUCUUGUGCCUCCAUCUCCUGAGCAGCUGAGACUGCAGGAACUCAGAGUGGUUUUCCAGAUGGGAAUCACAUUGCUCUCUGUCCCUGAGAUCUUGCUGGAGGCAGGGCUACUCAGACCCUCUUUGCCAGAUUGACAUUGAAAAAGCAGUUUCCCAUUGAAUCUCAACUGAAGAGAGAGUGAAGAUGAAAAGGAAGUAGGAUUCACAGGCCCUUGACCCUCAUACUAGACCCAUUACCACCAACAGGACCUUGCACUGGGAUUUCAUCUGCACCAUCAGCUUCUUCGAAGAGAGAGAGGUUGUUGACUCUUCAUGUGGAUGUCUGAGCUCAUAUCAGGUCUGAAGGAGGCAGAUUCUGAGGAUUUGAGUCAUGAUGGCUGCCAAAGCUUCUACUCCUGAUUUAAAGGGCAACAAUCCUAGGAGACCAGCAGCACUUACAUCCCUGGUAGGAUAUGACACCUGCAUAUGGCCCAGAAGUGACAAAAGAUAAUUAUCAGGAUGGCAGUCCUUAUAACCAGAUGCUUAUCAACAUUCUUCACUACAUUCUGAAGAUGAAUUUCUACAAGGGAAAUUGUUGAUGGGCUUGAUGAAAACCUCAUACUGUCUGCUGUUCAGGACACUGGAGCAAGUGAGACCAGAGAUUUCUCUGCAUCCUGGUGCCAAACCCAAACCAAUAAAUCUGGAACGUUUUUGACUCAGGUUAACUUCAGAGACCUGGUAAUCCAUAUGACCCUGCAGCUAUGCCUCAUGGCCCAAAGGUCAAGAUUUCAUUUCCACCAUCCUUUUCCUCAAUGUGAAGGGCUGUUGAGUGAGUACCCUUAGGGCACAAUACUGGGGAAGUAUAAAAUUGUCAUCUUCCAAAUGGGAAGCUGCUGGUUCCAUUGUGGGGAAGGGUAAGAGAUGGAAUCCCAUUGGCAUUCUGCCACUUAUCUGGAGAGGGUCUUAGUCUCUGUGAGCCAGAGCUUGCAGAGGUGAGUCUGCAAGAUGGGACUCACCAUACUUCCUUCACACUGCUGUCCUGAUAGGUAAAUGGAAUAAACUGCAUAUUUUUGUACCACUAUCUUAGUCCAUUUAGUAUUGCUAUAACAGAAUAUCUGAGGCUUCACAACUUAUAAAGAGAAAAACUUUAUGUGGCUAAAAUUCUGGUGGUUGGAAAGUUCAAGAUUGGGCAUCUGCUUCUGAUGAGGGCCUCAGGAAGCUUCCACUCAUGAUGAAGGCCAAGGGGAGCUGGCUUGUGCAGAGACCACAUAGCAAAAGAUGGGAAAGAGAGAUGAGAGGUACUAGGCUCUCUUCAACAACAAGCUGUUGUGGGAACUAAUAGAGCAAGGACUUACUCAUCACAGCAAGGAUGGUACCAAGACGUUCAUGAAGGAUCCACUCCCAUGACCCACACACCUCCUGUUAAGUCCCACCUCCAACAUUAGGGAUCAGAUUUCAGCAUGAAGUUUGGAGGAGUCAAACAUUCAAAUUGUAGCAAACAUUUACUGAAUUUAUUUCUUCUGAAAAUGUUUCUGAGAUGUCUCUAAUAAGGUAACUUUGGGGCUAUUUUGAUAUUUUGGCCACACUGCCAUGACCAUUCUUGCACGCAUGCCAGGGACUCUCUGCAGUGCAGAUUUGAGAGAGCAGCAGUUGAUGGGGCCAUGCUUGCUUCUCUCAUAUAUGUUCUCCAGUGUCUCUGCAAAGACAGUCUACCAUUUUGUUCUCCUGAAGCAACAUGUCAUUCUUAUGACUCCACAAUUUCAAUUUAAACAGGACACAGCAUAAACACAAACUUACUCAUCAGAUUUUCUCAUCAAACUCUAGGACUAUUCAAGGACAGAUUCUGAGGCAUAAAGUGGGACUGUUAAGUUUGUGUUUAGAAAUGUACAUGUGAAAUAUGCCAUUUAUGUGGAAAUAGAUGGAGAAAAAUGAAAAGUAUUCUAACGUUACAAUGAGAGGAUAUUACAUCCACAAAUAUUAACAUUGGGAAGCCCAUUAUUGCACAAAUCUAGAGAAACAAGUGCUCUCAUCUUAUAGUUGGUUGGGAUAUUAAGAGAUUUUAACUUUCAACUAGACAGUAUAUAUUAAAAAUACUCACUUUUUUUUUAUUCUUUGACAAAGAAUAACCAUUUGUGGAAAUGUAUCUUCCCGAUACAGCCUGGCAAGUCAUUAUCACGCAUGUGUCCCCACCGCUGAGAGCUGAGCUGACCAUUUCCCUAGCUGGUUUGCUACCUUCAGCCCCACCGCACUUCCCGACCCAGACUUAUCCAUCCUUCCAACCAAACAUGAGAAUCUGUCUCAUGGCUGGAUGCCGAGCCUUGAUGAACCAUAUACAGAGCUUCUCCAAACAUUGAUAUAGAGCAAUGCUCAGGUUCCUACUCCCAGAGGCACCUGUAGAACUCUGACCUCAUCACCAUCCAAGAGAAAUCUCUCUCCUCUUUUCUCUGUGUCCUUAGAACCCUUCCCCUUCCUGCCAGGUACAAGUAGUCCAAUCCUUUCCUUAAGUUUAAGUUUCCACACAGGAUGAAGCGAACACUGCCUCUGCUUCCAGCCUUGCUAUAAACCUUCCCUGAGACAUGGGGCAAGAGGCCCAAGCCUGGUUUUCUGCUGGAAAUGCAGGAAGGGUAAACACAAGGAGGACAGAGAUUAAAGUCCUUGACAGUAUGUGUCCUCAUACUAAAGAUCUGCCACCAGCAAUUAAAGGUGCCCAGGCUGUGAGGUUCUGGCAGUAGGCCUGGUUCUGGCAGUGGGCUUGCUGAGCAAGUUUUUUGCCAUCCAGCUCUGUGGUUAGGAGCACAUGCUUCGUUAGUCACAGACAUCCAUGAAGAAGAGAGGAUACUGGAACCUCACUGGCAGGGCUGUCAUGAGAUCAAAUCCAGAUGCUAACAUAAAGAAACUAGAGCUGGGCCCCUCUAAACGCUUUGCUCCGUAAGUAGGAGCUAUCGUUUCUCCCUGAAGCAGAAAACUCAUCUAUUAAUUUGACCUGCCCCCACAGCCAGGGCUUCUUAACCAGGAUGCACAUAAGAGUCACCUUGAUGUGCCUUUUCUAAACCCUCAGCUGAAGCUCCCUGGUUGGUAGAAACAGGACUUCUGCACAAAUGACAUUCAAGUCAUUAAGCUGUAAUAAUAUGGGCCUCAGAAAAUGGAUACAUCAAUGUGGUGCCAACAGUGUAUUUGAAAGUCUGUUUCCCCUUUAUUUCACCAACAGUAGGUAUUACCAGCUUUUGUCCUUUUUUUGUCUUACCUGCUUAUUUUCCUUAGACUUACCUCAUUGGAAAUGUCAUGUCAGAAGGUAAAUAAAAAUACGAGAUGCCCAGUUGAAUUAAAAUAAAAUAAUAUUGCAUGCCACAUCCAGAGUCACAUAUCCAAUACGGUGUGUGUGUGUGUGUGUGUGUGUGUGUGUGUGUGUGUGUGUGUGUGUAUCUCCUUAUCUUACCUAUCUAUCUAAAUAGAGGGGUUGGGAAGAGAAUAAUUUGUUUUCAGGAAUUGGCUAGCAUGAUCACAAUAGCUGGAAGGCCCAAAUUUGCAGGGUUUGUUUGCAGAAUGCAGACCAAGGAAGAACCAAUGUUGCAGUUUAAUUCCAAAAGCCAUCUACCAGCAAACUUCCCUUCUACCAUCUACCAGCAACUCUCCCUUCAGGAGAGGUCAGUUUUUUUCUAUGCAGACUUCCAGUUGAUUAGAUGAAGCCUAUCCACAGUAUAGAUGAUAAUCUGCUUUACACAAUGUCCAGAAAUUUAAAUUUUAAUUUCAUUCAAAAACAUCCUCAAAGAAACAUCCAGAAUAAUGUUUGAUGAGCUAUCUGUGUACUUUAGCUCAUCAAACCUCACUUUAGCCCAGCCAACCUGACACAUAAAUAUAAGCGUCACACACUAAAAUAUUAUUCAUUAUUUAUCUGGAAUAAAAUAUAAGUGAGUAUCUUCUGUUUUAUCUGGCUACCCUACCUAUGGAGGACUGUCCAACUAAGGUGUCACAGGCAAAAACCCUAGCUGAGCUCCCAGGAGAUACCAGCAUCAGUCAUCAUCCAUGUGAGUGAGCCUCUUGGAUGUCUCAGAUGUGUGGACCACACAGCCCCAGAUGACAGAUACCCCAUGAAGCAGAAAACACCUAGCUCAGCCCAGUCAAUACAAAGAAUCCUGAGCGAUAAUAAAUGGCUAUUUUUGGGGAUAUUGCUUAAGGAGAAAUAGAUAUCCAAAACAUUAGGGUUUUAGUGAGCUCUCUCACUUUUUCUAUGAUCUGUUAUUCAAUAAGAAAGGGAUUCUGUUAUUCUUGAAGGCUUGGUGGAACUUAGUUAUAAUUUUGAUUGUAAUGUGAGUAUUAGUUUAUAUGUGGAUAGAGAUUUGUGGACAUGUCAUUGAUUCCUACUUGAAGAGAUUUCCAAUGGAAAUUUUUAUAAUGUGUAAUUUUUCCACUGCUAUUUGAAUUGAAACAUAAUACCAUAAGAUGAGCCUCUACUACAGUCACAUAAAUUAAAGUACUGAGAGUGUGUUGCUAUAAACCACUUCAUAAGAAAAACCUCAGAGGUUGGCUUAAUGAGUAAUCAUUCCAAACAAAGGGUAUUUCUUCAUAUUCACUAGUGUUUCAGCAAAGUGUCCUGAAAUACUUUCUUCUGCUACAGGGAUAGCCCUUGGCGAGGAAGUCAGUUUUCUUGAACACACAUAAACAGGACUCCUUUAGGAGACAUCAGGCUGCUAUGCAUUGCAAUUCUUGGCGUUUGUAACUGUCCCACAAAUGCAGCACUGCUGGGUGGAUACUGUCGAUUCUGGGGCUCAUUUGUAGCCCAUGUGACAGCAAAUCUAAGUCACAUUCUCUAAUAUGACUUUUAUAAGAAAUAAAGCCCUUGUAGUUUUAAAAAUUAUAUAUCUUAGUUGGUUUAGUGCUAAGACUUGGAGCAGUGGAUUUCUUGGGGCAGGAGGCCUUAAAUAUUCAAGCAUUGUAAAGCAAGACCAUAGGAAUAGUUGAGUAGCCAGCAAGGCACAGAAAGAAGACUAGAUCUGUGGGCCUAUUGUAAGAUCCCCUCCUGUUGGCAGAGCAGAGUGAGUACCUCUGAAAGGUAGCUUACUACCAAGAGAUUUGAAGGAAGGACUCCAGCUGAGCAGCAUGUUUUUCCUGCUAAAGGAGUGUGCACAGAGGCUAGAAAUGUUUUGGUUGUGAAUGCCCAUUCACAUGGAAUAAAAUAUUGGGAUGGGGGAUAAGGAUUUUGUCAAGACAAACCAUUGUAUGAUUCAAUUGAUUAGGUUUUUGCCUACUAAAUGACUAUAUUAUUCCAAGCCUGCUUCCCUGAAAUAACUUAGAGAUAUCUUAAAUGGCAUAUUUUGGUGUUCCUAGGUUGUUUAGUCAUAUGAUUAUAAACGGUCUCUCAGUUUUCUGCCACAGAUGCCUAACUGCCUAGCAUGGUAUGUGAGUUGUACAUGUUCUCCCCCUCAGGGCUAGCUCCUUGUCAAGAGCCUUAGGAUACUUCCCUGGGUCUCUAUGUCGUGAAGAUACUCCCUCAAGGUUACUUUUAAAGCAAACAAAAUUCCUGACAACACAGACUUUUGUCCUAUUAUCAAAAGAGGGCAGAGUUCCACCAGUUACCUGGGUCCCAGUCUAGUUCCUUUUAUUAGUAAGCUUUCUCAGGUGGUGGUCUGAAGAGUGAAGGGUUUUUGCUUUCCAAGAAAGGCAAGAGGACAGAGGGCGGUGUGUAGGAGGCAUUUCCGGUGGGUAGGAGGCAUUUCCAGUGUUGAGGACAAGCCUGUACAUCUCAGUUGCCAUAAAAACCAGACGUCAUAAGGGUGACUGUGACGACUUUUCAAUAGAGACCUACAUGGCCUGGUGAAAAAAACAGGAUUGCCUUCAGGUGUUUGAGACUCAGCUGAAGAUGUAGGACUGAACUGCCCUGGAGUGUGGGAAGACAAGGGAUCCCAACCAAGCCUCCUUGUUCUUGCUUUGGGACUCGGUGCCCUGGCUGUCUGGUGAGAAAAAGAGGUGGGUCCCUCCUGGUCUCAGGGAGUGUGGUAUCCUGCUCCAAGGUAUCUCAGGGCUACUUCCCAUGUAAGGGAGGGUUGUGGGAGGAUGAUACAGGCAAAGACUGAGCUUAGCAUCCCAUUCUGUAUAAUGGGGAUAAUUAUGCUCACACAUAGAAUUCCUGGAACUUACGGUGAUAAAAAAGGUACAAGACCAUAGCCCUGUAGUCAUUGUGGAAUCAGGAAUGUGUAUGUAAAUUCAGGCCUGUUUUUCUUCCUUUUCAGAUUUGUUUUUAGGGGGGAGAUAAGGAAGGAAGAAAAAGGCCCUGGUGAGAAACCCAUUGUACCUUCUGGAUAUGAUCACUACCCAAUUUUAUCAGUGUCAUUGGUCACUAACCCAGUGCCUAGUAUGGUACCAGGCACAGAGUUACUCCAAGAAUGUACAAUAAUGGCUGGAUUCUCUUUCUCCCUGUGUAACUCUUUAUGCAUGUGACUAAACUUAUAUUAAGUGUCUGAAGGAGGUUAGUUGUGAGGAUCUGGGACAUGAUGGGUGCUGAAGCUUCUACUCCAGAUUUGAAGGGGAGAAGUCCUCAAGAGACCCUUGGCACUUCCUCACUGGGCAUCACAAUUUCAGUUCUGUAGUACCUGGCCUACCUGUCUUUCCCACUGCCUUGCUCCCAGAGACAGAGUCUCAUGUUUCCCAGGCUGAUGUCAAACUCCUGGACUCAAGUGACCCUCCCACCUCAGCCUCCCAAAAUGUUGAGAUUACAGGCAUAAGUCACCACGCCUGGCCAGGUUCUAAUUUUUUACCUGUCCACCCACCCACUCAGUAAAUCUACAUCAAUGAAUUCCUGGGAUCUGGAAUGGUGAGAGAGAUCAAGCAUGUAUGUAUGUGGGGAGGCAGCAGAUGGCUGAAAUUCUGAUGUGAUGUAGCUGCUUAAUGCACGGUCUGAAAACCCCUGCACUGGUGAUUUUGGGACAGGUCUAGAAUAUUCCAAUAAAUAUAUUAACAUACCAAGAAGUCCAGGAGCAACCACUGGGCAAACACGAAACCUUACAUCCCUGGUGAUAUCUCUGAGCUGAACAGUUACAAGGUCCCACAAUAGGCUGUCUGCAAACUGAGGAGCAAGGAGAGCCAGUCUGAGUCCCAAAACUGAAGAACUUGGAGUCCAGUGUUCAAGGGCAGGAAGCAUCCAGCAUGGAAGAAAGAUGUAUGCUAAAAGGACACGUCCUUGCAGAAGAGUUUGAUAAUGGUGGUACGAUGGUGCCCCCUCGUGACAGAAGCUUUAACUACAGCUUGAACAUCGUGUGACAUGGUGAAUGAAUUCAUUGAGCCCCAGCAAGAAGGAAUAUUAAAGAAGAGCAAAGAAUAGUAGCUGGACAGAAGAUGGGGGUCACUGAACCUGAAUCCCAGUUGACAGACCAGUAAACUCACCCCACAGGACCUGGGGGAGGCAGCAGCUGACGGAAAAAAAACCUCAAGUGAUGUGGCUGAAUACUGCAUGAUCUGAAGACUCUUCACUGAGGACUGCG